AUGAGCACUUUAAGAACUCGAGAUUCGGAUUUACCUCAAAUCUUGGAACUGAUAAUGUUUAUGAGUAUGCUGAAACACAGUACCAUAUAUAUGUUCAAAUUGUCACUUAUGCAUUUCAUGAAUAUUUUCAGUAAUAAAUCACCAAUUUAUUACAUAGCGGUGGUAGCGUGUGGUCAACGAUUGCAAGAAACAUUGACAAUGAUAAAAUCGGCAUUGAUUUUUAACCCGAACAAUGAUCGGCUCCACUUUGUAGUGUUUGCCGAAGACCAUUUAAUUGCGAGUUUUUAUGAAAAGCUUGGAGAUUGGCAGUCCCUGUUUCCAGGGGCUUUCGACUUCCAAAUUCUGCCACUUCAAUUUCCUCCUAAUGGUUCGGAGUGGAGAACGCUGUUUAAACCAUGCGCGGCACAGCGUCUUUUUUUGCCGUCUUUGCUGCAAUCGAUUGAAAGUCUGUUGUAUGUGGAUACAGACAUUGUAUUUUUAUCCCCUGUUUCGGACGUUUGGAGUUUCUUCACAAAAUUCAAUGAAAGCCAAAUAGCUGCACUUACUCCAGAGCACGAAGACGCGAAUAUUGGGUGGUACAAUCGUUUCGCUCGUCAUCCUUAUUAUGGAUCGCUUGGUGUAAAUUCGGGAGUCAUGCUCAUGAAUUUGACUCGCAUGCGUCAUUUUAAGUGGGAAGAGCAUGUUCUUCCCAUAUAUAAGGAGUACAAAUUAAGAAUAACGUGGGGUGACCAGGAUAUCAUCAAUAUUCUCUUUUAUUACCAUCCAGAAAAAUUAUAUGUAUUGCCGUGUGAAUACAACUACCGCCCCGACCAUUGCAUGUAUAUGAGUGUUUGCAGUUCGGCGAAUGGAAUAAAAAUUCUUCACGGAAAUCGCGGUUAUUUUCAUUCUGGCAAACAACCUCUUUUCCGUGUAGUAUUCGAAGCUAUCGAAAGUUAUCAAAUUGGCUCGGAUCCAUAUAGCCAUUUUCUACUGCCUCUAAAAGAAGCCUUAAUGGAACCACAUGUUGCCGAUUCAAAUUGUGGCAAAGUUUCAAAAUUAGUGACUUUAAUUGCAAGCAAACUUUUGGCAAAUGACAAUAUGUAA